GCCCCGGCAGACGGCGCGGACCCGGCCAGGCUAGCUGGCUGCGCUCGCCCUCCGCGGAGAGAGCGCUGCCUCGGUCCGAUCCGCUCCGCUCCGCUGGGAAGGGAAGGGGAACGGGAACGAUGCGCGCAGCGUGACCCGAGCCCCGCCCGGCCCGGCCCGCGGCUGCCCCGAGCUCGCCCCCUUGGGCUCUUGCAAAGUUCCGUCCCGCCCGGCCCCGCUGCGCGGCGCUCUCCCCGGGACGCGCCUCCUGGCCGCUCUGCGCUCGGCGGGGCGAGCGCGGGGCUGCGCGCGUGGGGCGGGACGCGCAGGGACCCCCCGGCCUGGCGGAGCCCUCGCCGCCGCGCCCGCGCCCGCGCCGCCGGCAUGGAGUACACCGCCUCCCCCAAGCCGCAGCUCUCCUCCCGGGCCAACGCCUUCUCCAUCGCCGCGCUCAUGUCCAGUGCGAGCCCCAAGGAGAAAGAGGGCGCCGAGAGCAGCACCAUCAAGCCGCUGGAGCAAUUCGUGGAGAAGUCAUCUUGCUCUCAGGCUCGGAGCGACUUGCCCACCUUGGACACCCAAGGGGAUUUUAGCAGCGGCAGCAGCCCCUCUUCUCUGUGCACCGAACCCCUUAUCCCCACCACUCCCAUCAUACCCAGUGAGGAGAUGGCCAAGAUCUCCUGCAGUCUGGAGACCAAGGAACUUUGGGACAAGUUCCAUGACCUGGGCACAGAGAUGAUCAUCACAAAAUCUGGACGAAGGAUGUUUCCAACCAUUCGGGUUUCCUUUUCUGGUGUGGAUCCUGAAGCCAAGUUCAUUGUGCUUAUGGACAUUGUUCCAGUGGACAAUAAGAGAUACCGAUAUGCCUACCACAGGUCUUCAUGGUUGGUUGCUGGCAAAGCGGACCCGCCUCUUCCUGCAAGACUGUACGUGCAUCCGGAUUCUCCAUUUACAGGGGAACAAUUGCUGAAGCAGAUGGUGUCCUUUGAAAAAGUGAAGCUGACAAACAAUGAACUCGAUCAGCAUGGCCACAUAAUCUUGAACUCAAUGCACAAAUAUCAGCCCAGGGUGCACAUCAUCAAGAAGAAAGACCAUACAGCUUCCUUGCUGAACUUGAAAUCCGAAGAAUUUCGGACCUUCAUCUUUCCAGAGACGGUAUUUACUGCUGUCACUGCCUACCAAAACCAACUGAUAACCAAGCUGAAAAUUGACAGCAACCCUUUUGCAAAAGGAUUCAGGGACUCUUCCAGACUCACUGAUAUUGAGAGGGAAAGUGUGGAGAGCCUUAUCCAAAAGCAUUCCUAUGCACGCUCCCCCAUCAGAACCUAUGGAGGAGAAGAUGAAGUACUUGGAGAUGAGAACCAAGCAUCACAAAGCAGAGGAUCAGCAUUCACCGCAUCCGAUAACUUGUCCCUCAGUUCCUGGGUUUCAUCAUCAUCCAGUUUUCCUGGAUUCCAGCAUCCGCAGUCCUUGACUGCUCUUGGCUCUGGCACCACAUCUAUAGCCACACCGAUCCCUCACCCAAUCCAAGGAUCACUGCCUCCAUACAGCCGUCUGGGAAUGCCUCUCACACCCUCUGCUCUUGCCAGCUCAAUGCAGGGUAGUGGCCCAACGUUCCCUUCUUUUCACAUGCCUCGGUACCAUCAUUACUUUCAGCAGGGGCCUUAUGCGGCGAUCCAGGGACUGCGCCACUCUUCAGCAGUGAUGACACCUUUUGUAUGACUGACCCUAAGACAAAGGGAACCUAGCCGUGGCAUGGAAGUAAUUAUGGACCUGUCAGAAAGGCCCAUGGAGAACAAGUGGAGGAACUUCUUAAGAAAACCAGCUUGCCUAAAACAUUAUGGAGUUGGAGUCCUCCUUUGAGGGGUCAGCGUUACAUGAAGAAUGCAGCUUGGAGUGGCUCAGAAGCUAAGCCUGAUAAAGCCAAAGAGACUCCGCAGUCGCAAGGUCUGUAAUUAAAAGCCAAAUGAUCUGGAAGUGCACCAUAGCCGCUUGAUAAGUGGAUGUGGCCAUGCAGCAGUGUAUAGUAAUGCAGUGUACAGAUCUCCCCUCCCAGCAGAGGCAAAAGAGGCAAUCCUGUGCUAAUAAUGCUAUUGCUUUUUAUGAAUAAUGGGGAGAAGAUGUUGUUCUGAGCAUGUUUAGAGUACUUCAGCAUUAAGCUCACUAGGAAAGAAACAGAGGGAAAAUUCACCAUUUCCUCUCCCUUCAUUUCAAAGUAAAAGGUAGCUGGUGACUUCCAUGUCACAGGAGCUUUUUAUACAUUUCAGCUUUUAUUCUGAGCAUCAUAGGAGCUAUCUAGGGGGCAGAACUUCAUCCCCCCAAACAAGUUUACCAUCAUGGAGCACCUAUCAAGCUCAGAAUAAAAGCUGAGAUGUCUAAGGAGCCCCACUAACAUAGGGAUUUCCCCCUGUUCAAACGACUGACCAUGGUUCAUUAACACCACUGGGCAAAAUGUGUGGGAUUUCCUCCAUCAUGGAUGCCAUUCGGAAUGAUGGCAACUGUGGCCAGUCCAUUGUGCACUCUUGUGAAAUUAGAGCAUGUGGGCUGGUGCAACUUUUCCACUGAACCACAAUUUGGGGAGAGAAUGUUGCCUGUGGAUAAUGCCCACAUAGCCUCAUUCAAAACCACAAGUAUAUUCAAGAACAAAAUAAUGUCAUCCCCUAUCCUUUUUCCAUACUUCAGAUUCACUACAUUAUCUCAGUUCAGCUUUGGCAGUGUAGAACCACACCAAAACAAAGAAAAAUAUAUUUAAUUGAGAAAUGUUUUCCUUGCAUUUUCUGGGUUGAGUCAAUUUAAAUGCCAGCUUGCUGGACAUUAAUUAGUAUCUAAAUUUCUUAAUCGAAAAUUUGAAUAUGCCUCAACAUAAAACAUUUCAUUUUGUAUUGAGCAUAUUGGGUCAAUAUAGGACUGGUCCUUAUAGCUAAGAUUUUCUGGGACACUGAUAGCAGCCAAAGUAACUGAUGGGAAAACAGGGCAACUAUCUGUGAAGUUUCUGUUAUUUUGUUCACAACUUUUUGCAAAGGUUAGGAGAGUAUAGAAUUAAUUUUCAAUAGUUGGUUAUGGUGAGUCUGUGUGUUAUCUCAGUCACUUUAAAUACAAUGACAAUAUAUAUAGGAAUGGGUGAUGUUUUGCAUAAUGUCCCCUUCUUGGAAAAGUGUAGGAACUGGAAGAGUGCCAACAUUCUUAAAUUAGGCCUGAUCCAUAUAUGUUACUGUAUGGAAAGACAGAACCCGUAACUAGUUCCAAUAAAUUGCUAAGAUUGCGAGAGUAAUGCUUACAACCAGAACUGAUGGACCAUACUGUGUUUGCGCACACACGCGUCAUAUCCAUCAGAUCCCAUCAGUCACAUCGUUCACAGAAUGUUAUGGGAGUAUUGUGGGGGGCAGCCACAGAAAAUUGGCAGCCAUAUUGCACUGCAGGAAUAAUGUGUUCAUGGAAGAUUUAUAAAUGGGAGAUCACAGUUAGCAUCUACUGUUAGUCUUUCAGAGCCUUCUUUAUUGUAUAAUUUAUUUUGGUUUAACAUUUAAUGUUUUCUGCCCCCUUCCAUUAUUAUUCUCUGCUAAAUGCUGCAAAUUCAAUAGGUUCCACAAUGAAAAUCAACACAGUAAAAUUAAUAAGGUUCUACUAUGUCUGUUCCUUGCCCAAGAUUAGAAAAGGGCAAGUUGGAAGACCUAGGAAGAUGAUAGAAAUCAACUUGUUCCCAAUAAGAGUAAACUAAAGCCCACUUAAUGGAAAUUUUGCAUGUAUUUCUGAUAUGGGACAAAUAAAAAAGCAGGAAGUCACAGAUAUCAAGAAGAGCCAACACUGCCUGAACCAGUGUAGGGUGCAGUCGUAUGCAUGUAUACACCGAAAAAGUCCUACAACUUCUAGCAUGCACUAGCUAGUCAGGAUCAUUGGCUUGGUGCAUACUUUAAACAAUCAUAGCCUUAAACAUAAGAUUAUAUUCUUUGAUGCUCUUAGAUUAGCCUGCCCCAUCUCGUAUUUUACCUCCCAUCAGUCCAGUCAGCAUGACUAAUGGUCAGAGGCCAAAAUGGAAAAUGCCAGAUUUAUUAUUGAGUAUAUAACUCUUAAUUCCACCCCUCGUGCUGCAUUUUCUGUUGCCUGCUUGCCUUUCCACAGAACUUGAAAAAAAUACAAUGAUAUGGAAUGCAGGUGUACAGUCAAUAGUCAUCUGAAGCAAUGAUAGACAGAAAGCAUAUGUCCAGGUGUUUUGGACAAGUUUCCAGCAUUCUUGACCAUUUGCUGUGCUGGCAGGGGCUUCUGGGAGUUGAAGCCAACAUACAGAAGUGUCUCUUCUGUCCAUCCCUGUUCUAAGGUACUGCUUUGUGGCUUGCGGACACUUGUUAGACUCCUGAUAAUUUCAGCUUUCAAGAGAGGAGUAUCCAAAUUUCUUACGAUUUCCAAAGCAAUUUUUGGAGGAAAAGCUGAAGUGGUGGAACCAAUGAAACAACAUUUCAAAAGUCUCAGUUAUAUCAGGUUCCAUUCUCAUGAUUUCUCAUUACAUUUUAGGAAGAUUUAUUGAGUGGAUGAAUUAUAUUUACAUAUUGGAGGAUUAUUAUUCCAGAAGAAGAAUACUAUAAAACAAAUUCAACAUGUUCACCAAACCAGCACAAUCAAUAGAAUGAGUAGCAUACUUUGAUGGUGACUCUAUGUGUGCUAAUUUGGAAGUAACUCAGUAAAACUGGUAACAUGUAGGAUUAGAAAGGUUAUUAAUUAAACACAAAUGUUAGCAUUAUCCUUGCUUCUGAAGUGGCUCUCACAGUGCAAUCCUAUGCAUAUUUACACAGAAAAAAGUCUGUUAUGUUCAGGGGGCUUAUCCCCAGGUACGUAAAUGUGAAACAGGAUUGCAGCCUCAUGUCAUGCAAGUUGUGCAUCAUUAUAGAAUCCCAAAUCUCAGACACACAAUCUAGAGAAAGUUAAAAGGGGUAAAUGGAUAACUAUGUGGAUUUUAUGGAUGUUCUGUCGGGGUGGAAUUUAACUCAAAAAGUGAUCUCACAGUUUAAAGUAGGCCACUGUUAUUGAUCUACUAUAAUCCAGAACAGUACAAUAUGUCACAAGCAAAGAACAAGAAUUUGAUAUAUCACAUGCACAGCCGAUAACUCAAGUGUAGGAUCUCAGCCACACACUGCACAUCAAGUCGCAAGACAUAUAACAUGCCUAUUUGUAGCAUAUUACUAAGGAAGCAGGCAUUUGUAAAAUGAGAUUAAGGGUUUUUUGAAAGGUCCUAGAACGGAUGGGUCCAUGUGUUUCUGGUGCAUAUAAGUUUUGCUUCCAUCAUUCAUUAAUCCAAUCCUGCUUUUGCAUUGUUCCAGCUAUACAUGAUUCUUAAAUUCAUGAAAUUUUAAAAUGUAUAUUUAAAUACAUAAUUUUGCAAUAUUUUCUUAUAUAAUAGGCAUUCUGAAAUGUGGUAUCUCCCAAAAUAUACAUGUCUAAUGCUUUUUAUCCUAAACCAUGUUCUUAUGGGGAAAAAACUGGUUAACAAAAUUGGUAGAAGGUUGAUUUUGAAGAAUUAAUUUUGCUCCAAUCUGCACAUUAGUCUAUGAGAUAUAGGUCAGUUCAUAUCAGAGUUCACAAAGUUCAAGUUCCCCAGCAUCUCCAUUUAGAAAAAUAGCCGAGGAAAAAAAACACCCAUUUUACAGCUGGAGUACAUUGGUAUGGCUAGUAUUAGUUCCAAGGAAAGGGAGUUUAUCUUUUAAUAGAAAACUGAGCCUAAGCCUAUGCUGAGCAGAUUCAUAAGAAAUGUGAAACACGUUUCUUGCAGGUAAAUAUGUUCUGGCAUUUUCCCUUUCUUAACAAGAAUAAAGAUGUAUCGUAUUGAUCAACUCAAUGAUUUCAGUUUCUCUUUUAAAAAAAUGCCAGGGUUUGAUUAUUAUUUUUUGAAUAUACUAAGCAAUGAUUUCAGUCAAUAAAGAUGUAACCUUAUGCAUGGGAGUUAUAGGACAAUUUUCCUAUCCAAAAAGACAUAGGAUUCUGCUCUACAUAUAUUACUUUUUAAAUAACUUAUUUUAAGGGGUUUUGAACGACAAAUACAGGUUGCUGUAUUUUAGCUCUGCCACAUUUGAAAUAGGCAUUUGGUUUCUUUCUGUCACACCAGAAAAAUGAGGAAAGUGUUCUUCAAACAUGGGGAAAGUGAAAACUGGAGAUAGUUUCUCUUAACAGAUUGCAUUACAGUCUGUUGUUUGCUGUGUUAAAUUGUUUUAAUUAAUUGCGUGAGCACAUUCACCAUGUAAUGAUGUGCGCGUGUGUGUGUUGGAGGUAAGGGCAAAAUGUUUGUGGGGAUGGGAGUACAUACAUUAGGAAAUGACAUCCAACAACAACAGGAAAAGACUUUCUUUUUUAAGUGCAAUAUAUUUAUUUCUGCCAGAAAUAUGUCAACAUUAUGUGAUAUUUGAAGCACUAAAUGUGAUUUGUAAACAGCUUAAAAUGAUUAUAUAUAUAUAUAUAUAUAUAUAUAUCACAAAAUUGUACAGAAGUGCAAAUGUGUGGAUAUUCAUUUUCUUUCAUUAAAAUAUUGGGAUUUUUAAAUAUAA